CGCUGCGGAACCAGCCGCCACACUGCCACCGUAUUAACCGUUCCUGGGGCAACUCCGCCGCGAUUUUAUAAACGAGUUAUUAGUGCAAUGUCGACACCCCUAAUCGAUAGAUCGUAAACAGUUUUUCAGAUUUUGUUGCGCGUUUCCCACGGUCGAAGGGUAUUUGCUUGUGCAUACAAAUUGGUGCCGUCCUGUGCUUAGUUAAUAGUGAUAAGUGUACACCGGAGGUUUUUACGUUAUUUUCUUUGCGCGCUUGGGCAAUCGUUGGUUUUUUACCUAAUUUUUGCAUUCUUUUGCUAUUUUUGUGAUAAAACGCAAUCUAUGCUCGGAGCUAUGACUACCAUGGUAUGGUUUCCUUUGUCUACGUAUAAACUGUAGUUUCAUAGUCGAAUAUAGAACUCAUGGGUACUUCUGUUUGACAAAGAAUAUACGGAUUUUCUUAAAGAAAAAAUGUCAUUACGAAAGAAAAACGAAAAACACAAUGACGUCUCUUACUUUAAAACAAUGUCAACAAGAGCUGGAACAAAGACACUUUACAUCAAGACCUGUAUAAUCUGUCGCUAGAUAGGAAACAUGCUUUGUCUAACUGUUUAAUAGUUUUAGAUUAAUUCUGUAGUUUUAGCUAGAAUAGCUCAUUAUACCCACGUUCUUGAAAACUGUGAAACAAUGAAUGGUCUGUAUUACGUAAACAUUUCGAGAAUUACGUAAGAUUUCGUAGUGAAGUUCUAUUUGACUAAGUACUUCCUUUCGCACUAGACCUGAGUUGAGCUUUUAAAUAUUGUGUUGCCAUCUUUUUUAUUCUCUCAAUGCGUAGUGUAUCAAGCUUUCAUUCAUUUAACUACUAGAAUACAUUGUAUCAUUUAAACAGCUAGUUAUUUGAACGCAAUUAGAUAAGGCGUUGAAGAUUUAUUACAAAAGUGUUUCUAGGGAAAUACGUUAGGAAUAAACUUAAACUUUCAAAAGUAAAAUUAAAGCCUAAAAGCUAAAUAGGCCGUCUACCCGUUGACAUAGUGUUGAAUAAGCCCCGGCCUCGUUUCUCCCUUUCAGCCUCUCCAAGCUUACAACGCAUUAUGUAUCUAGGCCCAGUAACCUCCUUCAGCUAUUAAUUUUUCAAUCCUUAGUUACCUGUUGAACUUCCAACCUGACUAGUUAUUGCACGAAUACGGCUUUGAUCGUUCGUAAACCAUACCAUAGUACAUAAAGAUUACUAUUAACAAAGCGAGACCGCACCGGAAUCAGACGCACGUGUUUCAACCACGGCUCUAUGCAAAACACGGCAAUCGCCCUGCUGGAGUCGGCGUCGGCGUUCGAGAGGGCAGUGCUGGAAUGUGAGCACCUGGAGGCGUCCGAGCACGGCGGGUUCCGGUGAGAGCGUUGGCGCGCCAUGGAGGAGCGACCGCCGGACGUACCGCUAAUCGUGACGCCGCCGUGCGCGGCCGUGGCGGCGGCGCUCACCUCCCGGCGCGCCGCGUCCGCGCGCAGCUCACGCGACGAACCGCCGCCGUCCACCUGGCGCUCCUCGGUGCGUGUGCGCGACACCAGUUUCCGCGGCUCCCGCAAGAGCGUCGUACGCCUCGAACCGCCCUGUAAUGGUCUCAACGGGUUGCCCGCCAUCGGCAAGGAGGUGCUAUCUCUUGGUGCGACAGGUGGCCACAAGGGAACGACCACACCUUCCCACCCCUGUACUAUCCUCCACCAUUCUCCUUAUAAGGCCGCUUGGGAUUGGUUGAUACUAAUAUUAGUGAUAUACACAGCAAUAUUCACACCCUACGUGGCAGCAUUUCAACUAAACGAGCCGGACUUCGACAAGCGCUCUCGGGGUUUUGGCCAGGAUCCUAUUGUUAUUAUUGAUAUGAUAGUGGAUGUGACCUUCAUCAUUGACAUCCUGAUAAACUUCCGCACAACCUACGUGAAUGUUGCUGACGAGGUGGAAUCUGAUCCAACCAAGAUCGCCAUGCACUACUUACGUGGCUGGUUCCUCAUCGACCUAGUCGCUGCAAUUCCAUUCGACCUUCUACUCUUCGGCACCGACACCGACGAAACAACUACCCUCAUUGGUUUACUAAAAACAGCGCGACUGUUGCGUUUAGUGCGGGUUGCAAGAAAAAUUGAUAGAUAUUCUGAAUAUGGCACCGCCGUCCUCCUCCUUCUUAUGGCCACCUUUGUACUUAUUGCGCACUGGCUGGCCUGUUUAUGGUAUGCCAUCGGAAGUUGGGAACGACCUCAGCUGCACGCUCCUAUCGGCUGGCUCGAUGCUCUAGCCAAUGAUGUGCAAGCGUCCUACGAUAAUUCUACUGGACCUUCUAUGAGGUCCCGAUACAUUACAGCUUUAUAUUUCACAUGCACUUCAUUGACCAGCGUUGGUUUUGGAAAUGUUGCACCUAAUACUGACAUGGAAAAGGGUUUUACGAUAUUUGUUAUGCUCGUCGGAUCGCUGAUGUAUGCCAGUAUAUUUGGAAAUGUUUCUGCGAUAAUUCAAAGACUGUAUUCCGGGACCGCACGGUACCACACACAAAUACUCCGUGUUCGUGAAUUUAUUCGUUUUCAUCAGAUUACGAACCCACUCCGCCAAAGACUGGAAGAAUAUUUCCAACAUGCUUGGAGCUACACAAACGGCAUCGAUACGUCUAGUGUCCUAAAAGGUUUUCCAGAAUGCCUGCAAGCUGAUAUUUGCUUACAUUUAAACAGAAACCUGUUAGCUAGCUGUGCAGCUUUUGAUGGAGCCAGUCCUGGUUGCCUAAGAGCAUUAUCGUUGCGAUUCAAGACGACGCACGCGCCUCCUGGCGAGACUUUAGUUCACAGAGGCGAUGUACUCACUUCACUGUAUUUCAUAUCUCGAGGCUCUAUUGAGAUAUUAAAAGACGAUAUUGUAAUGGCUAUCUUAGGUAAAGACGACAUCUUCGGAGAGAAUCCGUGUACGCAUAGCACAGUGGGCCGGAGCAAUUGCAGAGUGCGAGCUCUUACCUACUGCGACCUGCAUCGCGUACAUAGGGACGACCUUCUGGACGUCCUGGAGUACUACCCCGAGUUUCGUGCCACGUUUGUCAACAGUCUGGAGAUAACUUUUAACAUGAGAGAUGACGAGUUGAGUGGAAUAGAACCCAAACGGCGAAUGCGCUACGAGAAUCCAAAUGAGGCGCGGCUACUGCGAGAAGCCUACGCCCGAACAACCCGACGACCACAUACAGAAACCUUCGCUGAUAAGGAUUCCCAAUGCAGCGACGAGGAUACAGAGUCGCCGCCCAGUAGAGGAAUUUUGGAGUUUUCUACUGACAAAGCAGGCCAGGAUGUUACCCCACUAAAUUUUAACUUUAGUAAACAGAGAUCCACCACGCUUAAUUCGAUAACAGCGCAAUCUACUCCACAAACGUACAGAGGCCGAGGUGCUGUCAGACGUCAAUCUUCUGUUGGGCCACUGAACGACACGUCUCCUUUAACAUCAGCUGCUGCAGGGGAGGCAGCAGUGAGCACUCCAGCACAUAGUACAACCCUCCCCGUAUCCAGCCUUAGCACAAAUCCCAGCUCCUAUUACACAAAUGCAUCUCCUAGCCCGCCAACACCGGCUCCGGUCCAUGUAUCCUGUGAUGACAUUCUGGCACCAUCUGCUCAAUCCGUUGGAAGAACUCCUUCGUCUCGGUCAGCGCCACACUCAGCUAUCAACUUGCAUAUGACUGGACGACCGACUGCGCUUCUCUUUAAUGGAGAUAAGGCGCAAAAUGGACAGGAUACGGUAUCCCCGCAGUACCAAAACGUUGGAUCAGCCACGGCUGCCUCCGUCACAACCAUCCUAACCAGGCUGGAGGAGCUAAGCCGUAGGGUUGCCAUGUUGGAAAAUGGGUUAACAGCUGAUGUGCGAAGAAUCCUUCAGCUGCUCCAAGCCCGAGAACUGCCACACCACAAUUCGGCACCAGCGCAUACUCCAGCACAGCCUUUGCCUAAAGCCUCGCUUUCGGUGCCACAGAAUCAUGACAAUCAAUGGGAAUGGAGUUGGAAUGGAGAUCGCGAGCGCAGCAGCCGCGUGCGCAGCGAACGGGCGGAGCGCACGCCGGGAGUCCAGCGUUCCGCCUCCGAACCGCACGCACCCGUUCCGCCCGCCCUACCGCCGCCCCCGCAUUCCCACUCCUUUUACAGGUAA